AUGGAUGGUUCUACGAUGCUCAAUCGUGAACACAUGACAGCAAAAGAUGUCGUACACGAUGUUUGGACGGGUCUCGAUCUGCCUGAAACCGCAUUAGAAUCAGUCAGCCUCCCAGGAUUUGAAGGUCCGGCUUUGCCUUCAUCCUUCAAAAUCGGGAUCCUUGCGCAAGCUUCCAUCGCACUGUCUGCUCUAGCAGCCUCCCAGAUCCACGCCCGUCGUAAUGGAAUCCCUGUUCCGCAAAUCACAGUCCCUCUCGAACACGCCGUAAUCGAAUACAAAUCGGAAAGACUGUACACGAUCGAUGGUCAACCGACGCCUAUCCGGGGAACUAUUGGUGGUUUACACAAGACAUCGGAUGGUCAUGUUCGCAUUCAUGACUCGUUCCCCAAUCAUGUCCAGGGCACGCUCAGAUUGCUGGGACUGCCACUCGAUGUAAACAGAGAGCAGGUAUCUGACAGAACAGCGAAGUGGGCUGCUAUCGACUUGGAAAACUGCGGAACUGUUGAAGGCAAGACGGCCAUCUACGCGUUACGUUCAUACAGACAGUGGGAACAGCUUCCGGAGUCUAGAGCUAUCAGCAAUUUCCCCAUCAGCAUCAAGCAAAUUUCGCAAUCGUCACCCAGCGACAUACCCAGGAGAAUGGUUGGCGGAAAUACCAAAUGCCUACAAGGUCUGCGUGUGGUUGAGAUGAGCCGAGUCAUCGCAGCGCCUCUAUGCGGUAAAACUCUUGCAGCACACGGCGCCGAAGUCAUAUGGGUCACCUCUCCAAACUUGCCAGAUCUGCCUGUCCUCGAUCGCGAAUUCGGACGCGGCAAAAAGACAGUUCAACUCGACAUACACAACGCUCAAGACCACAAGAAGCUUCUGGACCUACUCCGAGAAUGUGAUGUGUUUGUACAAGGUUUUAGACCUGGAAGUCUGGCCUCGUAUGGUUUAUCGCAAGAGGAAUUGAUCAAGAUCAAUCCAAACAUCAUUGUAGCCAACAUGUCUGCUUUUGGUCCUGAUGGUCCCUGGUCUGGUCGCCGCGGGUUCGAUUCAAUGGUUCAAACAUGUUCGGGGAUGAACGUCUCUGAAGCAGAACAUGCGGGACAAGGAGAGACUGCUCGCCCGACACCGUGUCAAGCACUGGAUCAUUCAGGCGGAUAUAUGCUUGCAGUUGGAGUCAUGGCUGCUGUCUAUCGCCGUGCUAUUAAAGGAGGUUCGUGGAAAGUAGACGUGUCAUUGGCAGGCAUGAUGAAAUAUUUGAGGAGCUUGGGACAGUAUCCUGGCUCAAGUGGUUUCGAUGCCAAAGACGUCAAGAAGCCAGAAGAUGUUCCUGAGAAAUAUUUUGAAACAGGGGAUACAUCAUUUGGAAAAAUGAGAUCGAUAAAGCAUAGUGCUUUAAUUGAAGGUGUCGAGAUUGGCUGGGAUCGACCGCCGAAGCCUUUGGGGUCUGAUAGUCCAGUAUGGGAUUAG